AUGCCAAGAAGAGCUCCAUCGGAAUCAGAAUCCACCUCAAUUGGUACCGAUGAAAAUGGUGAAAAUUUAAUUACGGGAGUUUCUGCUUCACAGGAAAAAGUGAUUGAUCAUUCCGCUGAUAUGGAGAAAACUAGCAUGAGGAAAUCAUCGUCAGAAGAUCAACUCUCACAGUCUUUCUUUUUCAACGACGAUAUCAUUGGUCAAAGAUACGUAGAAUCAGCAAAGCUCUCAGGAAUGCAACAUAUUCAUGGUACAAAAAUUAUAUGGAAAAGAACACAAAACGUUCUCGAAUUACCAAUUCUCGGACAUUUCCGAACAUAUGAGAAACAUGUGGAACGAUCACGUCCAAAUCCAUGGCGUCGACAUGGAGCAUUGUUGAAAAUUUAUGAAAUUGGUGGUUGGAUUUCAAAAAUGGAGAAGCAACAAACAAGUCGUAGAAAUCGAAAAUAUUUUUACGUAAAAUCAGGAACUAAACCAUGCCAUCCACCAACACGGCCACCAAUUAGUAUUCGGGAUAGUAAAUUCCUGCCACCUUCGUCAAUUAACAUUUCAUCAGUAACAGGUCGGAGUAUUGAUGAAUUAGCAUUUCUAGCAGCUAUACAAAUUCAGGAAGCAAUGCAGAAUGCUAUAAUGGUCUUUCUCGAAUCACGUAAGAUCGGAACAGCGAAACGAGAUAGAACCGACUCAAGAAAUGGCAACAAUUCAAAUGAAAAAAUGAAGUCAGAAGAAGGAAGUUCCUCUGAACAACAAUUAUCUCUUCAACCUAUAAUUUCAUCAGACAAAACUUCUCGAUCUCGAUCAUCAAGUUUGCUUGGCAAUAAAUCGCGAUAA